AUGGAGGGCAUGGACGUGGACCUGGAUCCCGAGCUCAUGCAGAAGUUCAGCUGCCUGGGCACCACCGACAAGGACAUGCUCAUCUCCGAGUUCCAGCGGCUACUCAGCUUCCAGCUCAACCCUGGCUGUGCCUUCUUCCUGGACAUGACCAACUGGAACUUACAAGCAGCAAUUGGCGCCUAUUAUGACUUCGAGAGCCCAAAUAUCAGAGUGCCCUCCAUGUCCUUUGUUGAAGAUGUCACCAUAGGAGAAGGGGAGUCAAUACCCCCUGAUACCCAGUUCAUAAAAACUUGGUGGAUCCAGAAUUCUGGGGCAGAGGCUUGGCCUCCAGGGGUUUGUCUUAAAUAUGUUGGGGGAGACCAGUUUGGACAUGUGAACAUGGUGAUGGUGAGAUCACUAGAGCCCCAAGAGAUUGCAGACGUCAGAGUUCAGAUGUGCAGUCCCAGCAGAGCAGGCAUGUACCAGGGACAGUGGCGGAUGUGCACUGCUACUGGACUCUACUAUGGAGAUGUCAUCUGGGUGAUUCUCAGUGUGGAGGUGGGUGGACUUUUAGGAGUAACACAGCAGCUGUCAUCUUUUGAAACGGAAUUCAACACACAGCCACAUCGCAAGGUAGAAGGGAACCUCAACCCGUUUGCCUCUCCCCAAAAGAACCGACAAUCAGCUGAAAACAACCUAACAGACCCUGCGGGUUCCGAGUUCCACUCGAUCAGCAGCGAGCAAGAUCUGGAUAGACUGUCCCAGAGCUCUGUAAAUCUGUCCCCCAGCAGUCCAGCAAACAACUUAUCAGUAGUGACUUACAGUAAGGGGCUCCACGGGCCUUACCCCUUCGGCCAGUCUUAAACGGGUGUCAGGAAGAAGAAAAACUAACAAAAGACAGAAGGCCUGACUUUGGGGG